UGCUGUUUAGUUUUAAUUGGUGAUCGCUGUAAAACUGCCUUCCUAGUCUAGACUCAGAUUUAUCUUCACUUCCUGUUUGCAGAUGAUGUGGCGGGGAUGGCGAACAAGUUCAACAACGACAACAUUAAAGAUAAGGUAAGACCGCGUCUCGACAGUUUGACCGUUUCACUCACAUUUACGACUAAAAAUAGACGUGUGUGAACUGUCAGAUGUAUUUAGGGUCAAAAAAAUAAAUAAAUCAACAAAUGUUUUUUUUUCCUGUAAAUACGGCGGUGAAGUUAGUUUCAGGUUGGAUAUAUUUUCCUGUAAAUACGGCGGUGAAGUUAGUUUCAGGUUGGAUAUAUUUUCCUGUAAAUACGGCGGUGAAGUUAGUUUCAGGUUGGAUAUAUUUUCCUGUAAAUACAGCGGUGAAGUUAGUUUCAGGUUGGAUAUAUUUUCCUGUAAAUACGGCAGUGAAGUUAGUUUCAGGUUGGAUAUAUUUUCCUGUAAAUACGGCGGUGAAGUUAGUUUCAGGUUGGAUAUAUUUUCCUGUAAAUACGGCGGUGAAGUUAGUUUCAGGUUGGAUAUAUUUUCCUGUAAAUACGGCGGUGAAGUUAGUUUCAGGUUGGAUAUAUUUUCCUGUAAAUACGGCGGUGAAGUUAGUUUCAGGUUGGAUAUAUUUUAUAUUUUAUAUGUAGCUGUUUUCAACCAUAAACAGACAUCAGCUGUUUAUUUUUUUAAUCAGCCUGCUGAGACAAUUACUCAAAAGACUCUUGAACCGUCUGUCCCUGGAGUCACCAACGUCACACCGUGCUCUCUGUCUGCAGGGGCUAAAAAAUGUCCAUCCAAUGACGAAAACAGUAACAACCACGAAACACACACGCCUCUGUAACCACACCGGUUGAUUUAUAACCGAAUCAGACGAGAGAAUACUCCAGAGAGAGAAGAAGAAAUCACUCCCUGAAUCUGCAGACGUCUCCAAAAGUUUAUGUGACAAACAAAAACCCACAGACAACAUCCUCCUCCUCCUCCUCCUCCUCCUCCUCUCAGCUGAAACUCAUUUUAUCAAGUGUCAGAGUCUGUGGGUGUGUCUGUCACUCUCUUCUCCUCCGUGUCUCUCUCUUUAUUCACUCUGCUCGAUAUUCUCCUCUUUAUUGUCCUUCUCUCUGCACAUAUUCACCCUUUUGUUGUCACGCUGCCUGGAGGUGAGCAGAAACCUGAAGUUCUGGAGGUGGAUCUCCUCAGUCAGCCGGGAUAGUUUUCUUUCUGCCUCUCAGUCAAACUGGACCGAUUCAUCGUCUCCAGAUGAUAAACGUUCCUCCUGAUAAUCUUCAUGACCUGUUUCGCUCUCAUUUGUUUCAGACGGACGUGGAGGAGGCCGUCCCUCGCUGGGGGAAGAACUCCAAACUGGUUCUGGUUGCGCUGCUGCUUACUGGUCUGCUACUGGCUGCGCUGCUGGUGGCUGGUUAUUACCUCAAGACCCACCGCAAGAACUCCAAAGGGGUCCGACUGGUGAGUAGAAGAGCCGAGUCGGACUUCUAAUGCCAAACUCACAAGAGCUGAACGUCAUGAUUUAUAAACCAUCAUGAAGAUCUUCUCCCCUGAGCUGAAGAAAAAAACUUCACUGAUGAUUAAGAAACACCAAAGAUCAGAUUUUGAAGUCAGAGUCCUCCAUGUUCCCUCAGCUUGGACCUCUUUCCAGGAGGCUGCAGAUGGUUCGAGGUUUUCCCUCCUAAUCUGAUUACAUCAUAAAUUUAAACGCUCACAUAUGAAGACGCGCCCUCCUGAUGUUUCAGAUACAACCGUCUUUGUUUGGAGUUUUAUUUACACCUCAAACCUCUGACAGACUGACUGUCCCUCACUAAACUUUAAUACGAUCACAGACAAAAGUUCAUAAACUGUAUUUUCACACUGAGGAGGAGUGAAUCAACUAUACUGUUAAAACAUUAAACCUGUGAACCACCAGAACCUCGGGGUGAAAACCACAAACCUCAUUAACCAAGAAUGUCUUAGUUUGUUUUUGAGAAACACCCACAAAAACAGAACCAGCUCCAAUCACACACACCUUCCUGCCUCUCUAACAGUCAAAUCUUCUACAAUCAUCUGCUGCUGGUUUGGUGGAGAUUCCUGGAAACACCCAACAAACAGUAAAAUAAAUUCCAUCUUUGUCAGGAAAUCUGACGAGCAAAAAUCACCGGGAAAUCAGAAAACAAGUUCAUUAAAUACAAAAAAUAAGAUUUUAUCACCUGAAACAUGAGUUAACGUCUCUGUAACGUGUUUUUAAAGUCUUUCCUGGAGCCGCAUCGACGUCUAAUUUAUUUACAAACUAAUCUGAAAACAGACAAACAUCGGACAAAGUUCGGCACCAUCAAGAGGGCCACAAAAACGACAACAUGAUACAAGAGCAGCCACGUGCACGGUAAUACACACAUGUGCACGAUAAUACACACAUGUGAACAACGAUAAUACACACAUGUGCACGAUAAUACACACAUGUGAACAACGAUAAUACACACAUGUGCACGAUAAUACACACAUGUAAAACACACACGUGCACGAUAUCAGACUGAUAAAGAAUUUAAAAUUCAGGCUGAAAAAUGAGGAAAUCCAAACAGGAGCUGAGAAACGACAGAAAAACGAUCCUAAUAAAAACCUGCUGAGAGACUCCAGGAGCUUCAACCAGAGAAACACGGCGGGUCUGUUUGUUUUUUUACACGUUUUUAAACUGAAUAAAAAAGAAUUAAAAAACAGUAAAGAGUGAAAAACAACAGUAUCACUGAUUAAAGGUGACGCCAUGAUCAGGAGUUUCAACAGGACACAGCUCCAAAGACGGCAGAGACGGCAGAUUUAAAGAAACUAAAAUUAAAGUUUUUCUGUGAUUUUUAAAAUAUUUCAGCUUUAAUAGUUAAACAAACCGACUGUUCAGACCCUGACAUCUAACCAUGAGGGUGAAAAACAACAAACUGUUUAUUCUGAUCAAAGUCAAAUGUUCCCAUAAUCCUCAGGAGGGUUCGAGGCUGAAACGCCCCGCUCUAAUAAAAACAGCACCUGUGAUUCCCCUCCAAAUGCAUUAUGGGUCGUGUUUAUUAUGGGCGGAGUCACAUGAUGUUCAGCCAACAUCACGUCAUCCACUUGGUAUCUGGAGAAGAUCCCGAUGCAGAAACUGACCGUCUGAUUCACGAUCACAAACCCUGAAAAACGCCGACUCUGAACUUUCAGGUUCCUGUUCGGUAGAAAAAGUGCUGAGUCAUCUUUAAAAAGUUCACGUCUGUGUUUCUCCUCAGGCCGACGCCUUCCAGGUGGACGAGGAGAACCAGGCUAACACCCUGGUGUCGGUGGCCCCCCUGCCCCAGGAGCCCCUCGAUAAGCCCACCGUCAACGGCGAGUCUCCACCAGAGAACGGGAACACCCCCGCCCCCGCCACUAACGGACACUCCGCCAACCAGACCCCCCAGGCUGACACCGAGAUGUGAAUCACGACGCCCCGGACCUCCUGUUUUACCCCUCACCCGCCGGGACUCACUCACUACCCACAAUCCUCCUCUGCUGCCUCAGAGACUGUCCACACACUGAGACCGUUAUAACCUGACACCCCCCGCCCGCCGCCUUCCCUCUUCCUCACCUGACCCUCUCUGGACCCUGAAGGAAACCGUGAUGAUGAUGAUGAUGAUGAAGCUCCUGUAAUGUGAAGGUUUAGGAGCCGGUUUGUGUUUGGGACCGUUUUAGUUUUAAAUAUUUUAAAUCAUCAAUUAAAACCAAAUAUGUUUUUUUUUUUGGUCCCUGAUGAAGAACUUUGUUUUUUUAAUUUACUCCAGAUGAAGUCGGGCUGUCGACUCUAGAGCAGGAUUUGUGAAAAGGACUGAUUGAUUUAAUGAUGAAGAAAUGUCAGUUUCUGUUUCUGUCGCCUCUUUUUUUACUUUUUUACACCUUCAGUCAUUUUCACACGACUCUCUUCCUCUGAAAACUAAAGACCGGUCUACAGAGUCCCUGAUUCUGGGUUUCAGGUCCUCCCCACCGGUCUGAAAGGGAACACUCAGGAAAAUUUGGGCCAAAGCUCCUGAAAUUUCAUGGAAAUGUCCGUGAAGCAGCUGGUUGUGUUACGAUCAGAUGUUCUUACAGACACAGGUUUAUUUACCUCGCUGUCGUGUUUCGAUUGGCUGACAGCAGUCGUCCUGUCAAACGGACAGAAAGGUCACGCCUUUAGAAACAUCAGCUGUUUAUAGACGCAUCACACAACCGUCACGUGACGCUCUGAGGAAGACUGCUGUCAGUGCGUCGAAACACGUCAGCGAGGUAAAUAAAAACCUGUGUCUGUAAGAACAUCUGAUCGUAAUUUAUCAAAAAGACACGAUGAACCGAAUCCAAGAAGCUCGUCGUGUGUUCAGGAGAUCGUCAGAGUUACGACUAUCACAGAUUCCUCUAGAAUUAAAAACUAAAAACACUAACUGUACUGUCGGUGUUAUUUCAGGGUAUGUUCUCCACACAAACCAAAAACCUGAUCCUGACAGAUGACCAGAUCUGAAAGUUGAAUAUUCCCACGGUGACCGAUCUCUAAUCUGAAACCUUAACAUCACAGGGACUUCUCUCUCGGUGUUUCAGAUCAUGAGCUGCAGAAACUUCGACAAUCUGACCAACAGUUUUGAUUUUUCCACCCUGUAAAUGUUAAACAGCCACAAACAUCAUGAUCAGAGCGCGUCCGUACACACCUCAUGAUAUUCGGUUUAUUAACGGUGAGUUCAAUGACCUUCAGAGUGGGAGGUCAGAGCUGAGGAUGGACUCACAUCCCGGUGGACUGUGUUCCACUUCUGAUGGUCUAGAGUCAGGAUGGAUCGAUUACAUACCAGACCUCGGUGCUGGUCAGAGGUUCCAGAUGAUCAAGUUUGAGUUUUUUCACCUUCAGAGUUUAAACAGAAGUUGAUCAAUUUUCCUAAAACAAGUAAAGAAUCAGAGUUUACUCUGUCUGUCCACCGACAGGACCGACUUCAGCUGUGAUCCAUCUGAACCUGAAGGUCUUGAGGACGUGAUAAUGAAGGACUCUGGUCAAAGUUGAACUCAGAGAGGCUGUGUUUCCUCCUCUUUUGUUUCCAUGGUGACAGAAGUGUACAGUGUUUUUGAAAUGUUCUUUUUUUAGCGUUUUUCUGACUCUCGUCUCUGCUCUUGGGAACGACAAACACAGCUGUACUAAAAACACAAAAAUAGAUCCCUGACAUAGAGCAGGAUCAGCGUUCCCAGGACCACCGCCUCUGUCUGUCUGUUGAUAUGAAAGUAAAACCUGUUUUUUAGCUUCACUCUGUGCUGCAUGUGUAAAUACGCCUCUUUCUCUGUACCUGUGCCUGAAUCAUAAACUGUGACUGUUUCCAAUACCUCAGAGGUGGUCUGAACUUUACUGCUGUUCUCCUGGUUUAUCAAAUUUAAAGUCACUUUUUCUCUAAUGCAGGUCUCAACAGUGCCACCGUUUCACUCACAUUUACAACUAAAAAUAGAUGUGUGUGAACUGUCAAAUGUUUUUAGAGUCACAUGUGCUCAUAAAAAAAAAAAUCAACAAAUGUUUUUUCCUGUAAAUACGGCGGUGAAGUUAGUUUCAGGUUGGAUAUAUUUUCCUGUAAAUACUGCGGUGAAGUUAGUUUCAGGUUGGAUAUAUUUUCCUGUAAAUACGGCGGUGAAGUUAGUUUUAGGUUGGAUAUAUUUUCCUGUAAAUACGGCGGUGAAGUUAGUUUUAGGUUGGAUAUAUUUUCCUGUAAAUACAGCGGUGAAGUUAGUUUCAGGUUGGAUAUAUUUUCCUGUAAAUACGGCGGUGAAGUUAGUUUCAGGUUGGAUAUAUUUUCCUGUAAAUACGGCGGUGAAGUUAGUUUUAGGUUGGAUAUAUUUUCCUGUAAAUACGGCGGUGAAGUUAGUUUCAGGUUGGAUAUAUUUUCCUGUAAAUACGGCGGUGAAGUUAGUUUCAGGUUGGAUAUCUGACGGACAUUCUCUGAGGAUCUACCGGUGUCUUCUCUCUCUCCAUAACCGGGAAUAACAACAGCAGCGCGGUUAAAUCUACUUGACACCCUCACUGUCAACGUCCGUGUUGAAUAAGGGACCGUCAAUAAAUUACCGGUUGAUGUUCUCAGAAAAGGCUGUUUUCCUUCAAUAGCUUCACUGUCAUGUGACCAAAAGACCUAAAAUUGAUUUCUAAUAACAGUACUAAGGUCGAUCAAUAAGACAAACAUUAUUGAUCAGUUUUCAUUGAUCCCCUAAAGUUCUUUGUGCUCCUUACGUUUUUAACUCAGGAGAACAUGUGAACAAAGUUAAACACUGAGAUGUAUUGAUAGUUAAAUUCUUAUUGUCCAAAGAUAGAGUCACACAAACACACAACAGUCAAAGUAAAGUCAGGAUUACAGUCGGAUAUAAACGAUUUCUGACGACUUUGCAGAGUCAACUGCAGAAUUAACGUCGUUCUGAAUGAACGGCGCUUUGAAAAGUCCCGCAGCAUGUGUUAGACGUCACCACUACACAUGGACCAAUCCCUGUUGUCCGGGUAACAGUGGAAACACGGUCUCCGAUUGGCCCGGUUAUUUUCUGAUCGGGAAUACACGCUCUCUAUGGGCCAAGGUCCAGACUGUGGUGGGAAGGAACAUCAAGUGAUUCACGGAACAGGACGGCCCAGCCAGGCGACUGAGCUCGUAUUUUGGCUUCACUUCUCAAACCCACCAUAACACCGAGUUAGACCCCCCCUCCAGAGAUGAAUGUUGUCGACCGCUUGCUUCUCUAGUUAUACCAACUUUAGUAACGACCACAGAUAGCAACACCUCCACGCCCUCAACCAAAACGCCA